AACUACCUUCAUUUUAUGGCAAAGACGCUAGAAGAAUUGAUUAUACUUAAAAGGACUGCGUUAAGAUACCUUCUAGCAAGAGAAUCGAAGUUGCUAGCUCUUGGACAGAAGCCUGUGAAUAAAAAAAUUGCUAAUUUUGUCCGAAAAUAUGAACACAACGAUGGUUGGUCGGGUUUUUUGGAUUCCUUCAGUGAAGAUUUAACGAGGAACGUCAAUAUUUAUGAUUGGAGAUAUGAGAAUGAGAAAGAGAGUGUGAUAAACAAGCCCAGGAGUUACCGUCUGGAUUCAAUGUCUAGGAAUCUUUUGAGCAGUUUCAGACUCAGAAGUCGAGCGAGAGGGGGAAGGAUGGCCGAGGCUCCAGUUGUGACAGUGGAACAGGGGCAGUUGCAGGGCCGUGUGGUGAACAGUCCCACCGGCAAGGCCUUCUACAGCUUCCAGGGCAUACCUUAUGCUAAGCCUCCACUAGGAUCCUUGAGGUUUAAGGCACCUCAACCACCAGAACCAUGGGAAGGCAUCCGCGACGCGUCCGCAGAAGGAAACGUCUCCGCACAAAUCGACUUCUUCAAGAAAGAAUACACGGGCGAUGAGAACUGCCUCUUCCUGAACGUAUACACUCCUAAUUUAGACGGAGAAUUCCUCCCAGUCAUGGUAUUCAUCCACGGAGGAGGUUUCGUCUUCGGAUCUGGUAACUCCAGCUUAUACGGAGGAGAUUACUUGGUAGAAAAAGAUGUAGUUGUAGUAACCUUGAACUAUAGGUGCGGAGUGCUUGGAUUCUUGAGCAUGAACACUCCAGAAGUACCUGGAAACGCUGGACUGAAGGACCAGGUACAAGCUCUGAGGUGGAUCAAGGAAAAUAUCCACAAUUUCGGAGGAAACAGCGGUAACAUCACCAUUUUUGGUGAAAGCGCUGGUGGGGCGGCCGUUUCUAUUCUCACUGCUAGUCCAUUAACCAAGGGUUUGAUCAGCAAGGCGAUUAUUCAGUCAGGUACUGCUUUAUCCAACUGGACUGUGCAGAAAACUCCUAUCGAAAACGCGAGGAAUCUAGCCAAGAGUUUAGGCUGCGAAUCUGAUGAUCCUGAGGAAGUACUGGACUUCUUAAAUGCUACUUCUGCUAGGGAGUUAGUGGAAGCUCAUGAGAAACUAUCGCCAAUGGAAUUAUUCCCUGAAGUGUACAACGCUUUUGGUGUCGUCAUUGAGAAGGAAUUCCCAGGAGUCGAAGCGGUUAUCACAGAGCCGUUCAUAGACCUGCUAACAUCAGGCAGGAUAGCCGAAACACCAAUAAUGAUUGGAUCAACUUCAUUAGAAUUUGCUUUCGAAAGAAAAACGGACGAUUUACAAGUCUUCAUCCCAGAAGAAUUGAAGAUUGAGAGGAAUUCGGAACAGGCUUUGGAAAUCGCUGAACAGAUUAAGACCCUGUACUUCAAAGGGAACCACACUGGUGUGGAAAGUCUCCCAGAGUAUUUCGAGCUACUAUCAGAUACGACAAUCAACGUGGACACACAUAGACAUGUCCAGUACUUGAUAAAUGUAUCCAAAAAGCCAAUUUACUACUACAAGUUUGACUAUGUUGGUGAAUUGAACAUUUCUAAGAAAGUCUUGAACAGUUUUGGUCUGAAACGAGCGAUGCAUAUGGAUGAGCUUGGGUACCUGUUCCGCAAUGACCUGCAGAAGGACGUGGAGCCUACCACUCUUGAUAUUAAGAUGAGGGAGCGAAUGUUGAGGCUGUGGACCAAUUUCGCUAAGAGCGGAAACCCAACACCUGACGAGAACCAUUACCUCACUGUAACCUGGUUGCCAGUGACCAAGGACAACCUUUACUACCUAAACCUAGGCCAAGAACUGUCCCUAGGCACAAAUCCAGACAAGGAAAAGAUGGACUUCUGGGACAGCCUAUACAGCAAAUACUACCGAAUCUGGGACCACCCAAGGUCAAACAACGACGAAAUCACCUUAACAUCAUCAUCAGAACCGAAAAUCAUCGAAUCAUACUCCGAAACCGUGACAGUUUACUCCGAAUCCAGUCAAUUCACGGAAUCCCAUACCUACGUAUCAGAGACUACGGAAAUCGUGAAUGAGAACAACGAAAUCGUUACCGAGACUCACGAAUUCAUUACCGAGAGUAACGGAGAACCGGUUGUUGAAUCUAACGAUGUUGUUACUGAAGUAACGGAAAACAACGAAGCCGUGGUGGAAAACAACGAUACUGUUGUGGAGAAUAACGAACCUAUCGUAGAAAAUAACGGCCGUGUGGUAGAAAACGAAGUUGUGGUGGAAAAGAAUGAGAUAGACCAUCCCAAGGUCGAAGAAACGGUUCAGGAGCCGGUGAAAAUUGAGGAAAGCCAUCCAAGUCAGCCUCCUGUGACCGCAGUCCUAAACGGCGAUCGCAAGGUCCAGCCGAGACCUUCAAACGAGAUCAAAAUGGUGUCAAGGUCAAACGGGGCUCCUAAAGACGUGAUCAGGGCGAACGACCCGCCAGAAGAUGAUCUCCCCAAGAAUAUUGGUGUUAAUAAGUUUGUCAAUUUCUUCGAGUCCCUCGGUGGUAAGAAGUAAGUGAUAGUCAUUUGAGAUGCAUUUUGUUUUUGGUUUUAUUUUGGAGUGAAUUCAAUAAUCUGAUACCAGAAUACGCUAUAAAAAUCAGUCCUUUUCGCCGUUUAGGAGAUACUGUGUUGAUGAUGUUUCUAGUAUAUCCUAUGGUAUGUCUUAUCGAAUAUCAUAAUUAUUCAUGAUCAUUUCUUAUGUAAGAACUUCAAGUAAUCAAAUCUACGAAACUAUAACCUUUCUGGUGUAGUGGGUGUCCAUUGGCGACGCUAAUUGAUUAUCAUUGGGUACUGAUGAUGAUUAGUACGAGUUUGCUUUACGUUUAACGAAAACGAAUCGAGAGUGCGUUCGGCACGCUGAUUGGCUAAAUAUGAAUAAACCAAUCACCGCCAAAAGCGCUCACGUAAACGCACACUAGUACUAAGGAUACUGGCGAUCCUUCUGCUCAAUUAUGGUAAAAUUAUAACCAUUUUAAACGACUUCUAAGAUAACCUAAAAAUUCACUCCAAAAAUAAAACAAUGCAUCAAUAGUAUGUAGAUAAUAAAUUAGUCAUUAAAAUUAGUUUCUAAUUUUACAGUAUUUAUUUACAUUCCAUCGUAAAUUGUAAGAUUAAUUUCUUUUAGAGCCUUAUUUUAGUAAGACAUUCAUAUGACUGGGUCGUGCAACUCUAGAAAAAUUAGCAAACCCGGCGAACUCCGUUUCGCCACCACGCUAUCAGAAAUGGGGCUUUCCUGCUUUUCUCUUGAAUUUUUGUCUGAUUUCUCUUUGCUAUAAACCUCACGGCGCUCGAGACCUUUCCAACGAAUGCAAAACCGUGGAAAUCGGUUCGUGCGUUCUGGAGUUAUAGCGUCAGGAAGGAAAACCCGACUUAUUUUUAUAUUAUAAGAAGAAAAUAUGGAGAACAUUUCACCUGGUGUUAACUUGGUUGCGCUACUAGUCGCCGGCAACCAUAUCAAACCUUCAAGAAAAGAGCGUAUUCCUUUUUAAAAGGCCGGCAACGCGCCUGUGACUCCUCUGGUGUUGCGGGUGUCCAUAGGCGACGUUGAUCGCUUACCAUCAGGUGACCCGUCUGCUCGUUUGAAAAAUCAACCCUAGCAUUUGUUCUAAUGUCUCUCUGUAGACAACAUGGUUGCGCGACUAAUCGUACGACUUAAGUGUCUUACUGAAAAAAGGGCUCUUAAGAAAAUUCAUAUUUUUCCUUUCCUUUCAAAUACAUUUAUAUCUUUUAAAAGAAAUCCUAAUAUUGUUAUUUCUUUCUACCUAACUGUGCAAGAUAAAGACAGCCAUAUUUUCAUAACUGUCAAAAUGAAUUUGACAGUUGUCAUCCAUCUCUUUCUUGCAUUAUUAAAAAUGAAGAAGAUAGCAAUAAGUUAAUUGAUUGUAAUUAUUUAAAUUAUGAAUUAUUUAAAGAUUUUUGAUGAUUGGAUUCAGAGGGUUUAGUACGAGUUUGAACGUAAUCGAAACAUUACCGCGUUUAGCCCCCUGAUUGGUAGGUUCAUUGGAGCCGACCAAUCAGAACAUCGAACGCAGUAACGUCUCUUUAAACGAUAAACAAACUCGUACUAAGCCCGCAUAAGUAUGCCGGUCGUAGAAUUAAAAAAUUGUACUUAUUAAAAUAAAUAUCAUGAUUAGAUCAUUAGUAUAAAAAUUAACGCUAUUUUCAUGAGAAAGAAUCAAGCUCGAAAUCGAUCGAGUUAGAGCGAUUGUUUUCGUAAAAUCGUUGUAUCACAGUCUUCCUAUAUGGUUGUAUAAAAUCCUUUAUGUAUACAUAAUAUUAUUUACUCUUAAAUCGUGUAUUGUAUAGGUGAUUUUUUUAUACAGUAUGGAGAUCACUCAUAUGACUUAAAUGAAACUACAAGUAGUACUCGUCCACAGAAGCAUAACACAACUAUAUAUUUCAACGAAAACUGAAAAUAUAAAUUUUCAAACAAAAUAAACAAUUAAUCAAGUACUAAAUUUUGUGGGAUCAGCUUCAUGUUCCUUGACCACAGAAGAGCUGUAAUGUAGUAGGUUGUCUAGGAAUGUUACGGACAUGCGACGCGGCUGUUGCAAUGCCAUAUUUGUAAAGAGUGUUCUAAUUAGCUCAAAGAGAAUAAUGCACUUUUUGGCUUAAAUACUGAGCCUAUUUCGCUCAUUUUUCGUAUAAAGUCAGCCAAGGUAAUUACAAAUAUGUGGUUUAAAUUAAGUCAUAAGAGGUCUCUCCAUACGGUAUACAGUUUCGUUUUUAUUCAACUGACCGAUACAAAUAGAAUUUGUUUAUCUGUAACUCAUCAUCGUCCCAAUAAAAAAGUUAUUUAAAAAAAAACUAAUAAUCGUGGCCUUUCAUAAACAAAUGUGUCAUAUUUUUAUUUAAUUUUUCUAUAUAAAUGCAUAUUUUUAUUAUUCUAAUAUGUUUAUUUUGAUAAUGUGUUAUUUUUUCCAAUAAAAAUCUUUCCAUUAUGUUUAAAAGACAUUAGUUAGCGCUAGUGUGUCGUAAGAUCAACUUGUAGAUGUUCAUUUAUUAAAUAAACAUAGCAUAUACUAGAAAAGUAUGUGAAAAAUAUUCAUUUAAAAAUCAUAUUCUUCAAAAAGACUAUCUAAACUUAAAUAAUAUUAUUAAUAGCACACUCGAAUAACUAUUUUCGCGGAUGCUCGAUUAAUUUCAAGCGACACCGGGGCUCAUAAUCAAAAGCGUCUUUCAAUAUUAUUUAAAUUUAGUAUGUCUUACAAUUAAAAAAUAAGCUAUGAUCACGCUACGACAUUUAUUUAAAUAAAACAGGUAAACAACAAGUGCUAUAUAUUUAUAAUAAUAAAAAAUCUUAUAUUAUUCUAAUAUCUAUGAUGUAGAUAUUAUUAUUUGUGCCAAUAUAAUUAUUUAGUCCUAUCAUUUCCUAUUAUAAUUAAUAAAUAGAUUAGAAUUAUAUUUUUGUAUAAUUAUUACUUAAUUAUUAUGCGUAAAUAAAAUACUAUGUUAUGUAUAA